AUGUCAACUGUGACGUUGAUUCCAGAAUGCAAACUUGCAUUGCUUGUUGUAUUUGUUGCGCAUGCUAAUGAUCGUUUGUAUUUGAAAACAUCCGAGAAAAAUUUAAAGUUACACGAACAAUUAAGUACAAUAUUUGAUGCACAUAUGAUUCAAACAACAAAUAAUGGUCCAUAUCAGUUGAAUGUUGAUGAUGCUUUAGCAGAUCGAGGGACAGGUAAACAACCGACACCUGUUGUUCGUAAACGUCGAACUACGGAACAAUAUGUAUUCAACGAUUCAAUGAUAAAUCGUUCAUCUAUCCUCGAUCAAAGUUAUACCUCGCCAACGCCUGUGGCAAAUCGAGUUGAUCCAACGCGAGCACUCAAAGCUGAAAUAAAUAAGCUAGCAUACGAACAAGAUGAUUUACAACAACGGUGUGAUUCCUUGGAAAAAAGCAAUGAAGAAUUAAAAGAAGAAAUUCGUGUAAUGAAAGAAAAACUCCUUCAGAAAUCUGAUUAUCAAGAAAUUAAAGAUGAACGUAACAAACUGAUCGAAGAUCUUCAUAUAUGUGAACUUGAAAAGAAGAAGUUACACGAUGUUGCAGAUAAUGUUACUGAAUUACAACAACGAAUUCGUCACUAUAAAAAAGCUGAAGAACAAAUGAAUGAGAAAACAACGUUGUUAGAAAAAAAAUUGAAAGCUCGUGAACAACAAUGUGAAGAGUUCGAUAAACUAAUUAAAAAUCAGAGUGCUUCAAUACUAUCAUUAACGACAGCAAAUGAUCAAGUACAAUUAUUAGAACGAGAUAAUAGUCGAUUAAAAACAAUGAUAAACGAAAUGGAAAAUAACUAUCCAAGACAAAUACGUAUAUUAGAAGACGAAAAGAAACGAUUAGAAAAACUACUGCAAGAACCACAGUCAACCGAAGAGCCAUUGAUUGUUGAUGAAAAACGGCAGCUAGAAAAAGAUUUACAUUAUCUUCAAAUGAAUUGGUGUGAUCCAAAAGAAAAAGAUGAAGAAAUUCAAUCAUACAAAAAUAUCAUUGAAAAACUAGAAGAUUUAAUUACACAAAUCCGUUUAGAAUGUCAAGAAGCGCGUACACAAACAUGUGAUCUUAUGGAAGAACAAACCCGAGUUCGAGAUGAGUUUCAUGCUCAAUUAAAACGAUACGAGUUGAAAUUAGACGAAUUGUCGAAAGAUAAUAAUACCAUACGAGAUCAAAAUUCAAAAAUGGAUAGUGAAUGUUCGCGUUUACGUAGUGAAUUGUUGUUAUUAAAAAAGAAAAUACAAGAGCAAGAUAUUGAAUUAAAUAAUAAAAUUGUUUCAAAUGCUGAAUUAAAUGUGAAAUUAGAUGAAUUAAUGAAUAAACAACAACAAUUGGCAUCAACGUCUAAUGUUACAACUGAGCAAUUACAAAAAAUUCAUUCAUUAAAAUAUGAGUUGGAUAUUAUCAAAGUUGAACGUGAUCAAACAAAUUCAAAAUUAUUUGAUUUACAAAUAAAAUAUGAUCAAUUAACACGUACAAUUCAUACGUAUGAAAUGAAAUUGAAUGAACAAGAAGAAAAUGAAGCAAAAUUAAAACUACAAGCUCAGAAUAUUCGUAAAGCUCAUGAAACAGCAUUAAAUGAAAAACAAACUGAAUUAGAUCAUUUAAAACAAUCAAUUACGGAGUUAGAGCAAAAAUACGAACAGAGUGAGAAAAAUUUGAUUUUGAAAUCAAAAGAAAUGGAUAAUUUAAAGAAAACGCUUGUCGCAAAGGUAGACGAUAUUCGUCGUCUGGGAAAAUACGGCGAAGAUUUACUCGAACAUUAUAAUAACGAAAAAAUGAAAUUUAAAAAAACUGAAGAAGAAAUGGAAAUAGUAAAACGAGAACAUUUGAAAUUAUCUAAUGAGCAUCAACAAUUACAACAAGAGUGUACAAGAUGUCAACGCCGAUGUGCACAGUUGGAAGAAGAACGUUCGCCACUAAUAGCUCAAUUAGAUUUUGCUGAUAGAGAAUUACGCCAGUAUAAAAAACAAUUCACAGAAUCAAUUAAUAAUGAUGAAAAUCGUAAAACGAGCACAACUGUUCAUGAACACCGUCAAAAACAUCAAACAUUCUCGUCUGGUAAUAAUUAUCAACCGUUAAUGACCGUUGAAAAUACAUCAUUGCAUAAAACUCAUCAUCAAGCACGUUUAAUAAGAUCUCCAAGUCUUGAUAUGCGUACGAUCAAACAUUCUCAUGGUAAUGAAAAAUUAGCAACAAUGGACGAAACACGGUCACUCGAAGACAACGAUUUUUUAUCUUUACCAAAAAGUCAGUCAUUGAAUUCAUUUGCUCCAAAUACACGUGUUCCAGUUGAAUCAAUGACAGCUAAAUACGAUAUCGAAAAUGAAGAUGAGCCCAUACAUUUAGAUAUAGGUCCAAUUGGUCUGAAACGUAUUCGAGAGCUUCAGCAACGAAAUGAUGCACAACCAAAACAUUUACGUACAGCAUAUGCUCUUGAAACAAUGGAUGCAGAUCCGGGCUUAUUUUCAAAUAGUUUCAUACAACAGCAACCGCCUCAACAACAUUUAUCAAAUUCACCAAAGUCAUCAUCACGAGUGAAAAAUUUAUUUCGUCGAAAAUGA